AUGGUAAAAAGAGAGUCUAAGUACAAGACCAACAAGAAGAUUGCUAAGAACAAAACUUCUAUUGAUAUUCAGAUUCAAGAACACUUGUGCUAUAACAAGGUAGACUUUGAAAAUACUCAGCACCGCGCUGAUCAGGGAAAGACAGCAGCCACAUUCAAGAAAGAUGGAAAUCCUAUUCCUGAAUAUAGAGUGUACACAGAUAAUUCACACUAUGAGGUAAUUGACAAGAAAUCUCAGAGAAAAAAGAAAAAUAAUACAAAGAAAGCCAUUUCUACUUUUGAUAAUGAAUCAUGUUCAACAGAUACCUCAGUAGAGAACUCUUUAGCUAAUGGUUACAAGAUAUUGACUGUUGAAGCAGCCAAUGAGAUGAUUCCUCAAGGAGAUGUUGGAACUGAAGAAUAUAAGAGACACUGUAAAAAGAUUAGCAAGAAAAUGCAAAAGCAGAAUAGAAAGAUUUACAAAGCAAAAGGAAACAUAAAUCAUCUUGUUAACUAUGUUGAACUUCCUGACACUUUUGAAUUCUCGAAGAAAGAGUUGGCAAAGUCGAUUAUCACAGAUGCAGGAAAGAAAAAUACAAUUUAUAAUGCAUCUAACAAGGAUGAAGACAACUAUGAGAAAGGGCUUGACAAGUUAAGAAACAGGACAAGAAAGAAGAGAUUAAUCAACAAUAAAAUCAAGGGAGAUAUGGGGGAAACCGUAGAGUUCUCCAACCGUCGACUCCAUUGUGAAAAGUUUAAAAUCUAACUAAAAUAAUCCAAUUAAAGCAGACUCAACCGU